UGGACGCACGAAGAAGAUGCCCUCGUGCGCCAGCUUGUCGACGAGCACGGCCCGCAGAAGUGGGCAUACAUCGCCGAACGUCUCGUCGGCAAAACUCAAAAGCAAGUCUACGCACGCUGGCGUGAUUACCUCCAACCCGGUCUCACCACCCGACCGUGGGCCGAGUUCGAGGAAAAACACUUGGUGUUCAUCCAAGAAGCGAUCGGUAACCAGUGGGCUGUGCUCGCGCGUCUCAUGCCCGGUCGUUCGCCGAACGCGAUCAAGAAUCGAUUCCACGCGACGCGUCGCAAG